ACUCAAAUAAGUUCAACCGUUGGGAUAACAAUGACAUGCAUUUCAUCGAAGUCUGACACUCUCACUACAAAGAACACACGCACGCUCACCAUUGAAAGAAGACAAAAACCCUAACCCCAAUUCGGAUUUUCUCCGUUAGGGUUCUUCCCGCACAUGGACGCCGACGACGAUUCUUCCGGUGUCAUGAUCGACGAAAUCUACGCCAACGGCGACGACGGAGAGAAGCGGAGCCACCGUCCGAUUAUCAGCGGUGACCAGUUCGACAUCGAGGCCUACGCGAGCCUCUACGCCGGUCGCACCAAGAUCGCGCGCCUCCUCUUCAUCGCCGAUCACUGCGGCGACAACUCGGCCGUGCAGCUGGAGGCGCUUCGCAUGGCUUACGACGAGAUCAAGAAGGGAGAGGACACGCAGCUCUUAAGAGAAGUCGCUCACAAGAUCGACUGCCGUUUGGGCCCCGAUUACGCCGUCGACGGCGCUUGGUGCGACGCCGUUGAUCGAAGGGCCGAGCUCAAGAAGGAGAAGCUCGAUAAUGAACUCAAUGCCUAUAGGACAAAUUUGAUUAAAGAAAGCAUAAGAAUGGGAUACAAUGAUUUUGGGGACUUUUAUUAUGCUCAUGGUCAGUUGGGGGAUGCUUUUAAGAGUUUUGCUCGUACUCGGGAUUAUUGCACUACAUCAAAGCACAUUAUUCAUAUGUGUAUGAAUGCAAUUCUUGUCAGCAUCGAAAUGGGUCAGUUUCCUCAUGUUACAAGCUAUGUUGGCAAGGCAGAACAGACACCGGAGGCUCUUGACCAGAUAACAGUUGCAAAGCUCCGUUGUGCUGCUGGGUUGUCCAAUCUAGUGGCCAAAAAGUACAAGCUUGCUGCCCGAAAGUUUUUAGAAACGGGCCCAGAACUAGGGAGUCACUACAAUGAAGUAAUUGCGCCUCAAGAUGUUGCAACCUAUGGGGGACUUUGUGCCCUUGCUACAUUUGAUCGGACAGAGUUAAAGAGCAAAGUUAUAGACAAUACCCACUUUCGGAAUUUCUUAGAGUUAGUACCUGAAGUAAGGGAACUGAUAAAUGAUUUUUAUUCAAGCCAUUAUGCAUCGUGUCUGGAGUACCUAGGGAAACUUAAAGAAAACUUAUUGCUUGACAUACAUUUGCACGACCAUGUUGAGACACUUUAUGAUCUAAUCCGUCACAAAGCCCUUAUCCAGUAUACACACCCGUUUGUGUCUGUUGAUUUACAUAUGAUGGCUAAUGCAUUCAAGACAACUGUUACUGGACUUGAAAAGGAACUUGAGGCUUUGAUUACUGAUAAUCAGAUACAGGCUCGAAUUGAUUCACACAACAAAAUUUUGUAUGCACGACAUGCGGAUCAAAGGAAUGCCACCUUUCAAAGGGCUCUAGAAACUGGAAGGGAAUUUGAUGGGGAUGUUAGGUCCAUGUUGCUGAGAUCAAAUCUUAUCAAGCACGAGUACAAUCUUAGGUCAUUAAUUAGAAAACUGUGAUUAUGCAUUGAUGAUAACGGGACCACGGUUGCUAUUUUGUAUAUUCAUAGGCAUUGGUCACCUUAUGUUACGCCGAAGUUAUUUGAAUAUUGCCUUGCCUUGUGGUGGGUAAAGGUUGCAAACGUACAUUUAUGCAACAUUUAACAACAUAUACGGCUGCCUUUUGUAUAUACUCUUUCAUAGUUGAAAACAUUA